GUCUUCGACUGUCUGAAUUGAAAAAAUAUUGUUCCGUACUUUAAGUCUCAGUAGAUGGGUAGACUAAGAUUAUCCUCUUUAUGAAUAUUUAUUACAUAAAGGUGGCAAAACAUCUUCAGCAAUAGUAUAUCUUCAUUUUGUCAAUCGUACAAAAAUGUUUUGUGCCUAAUAUGUUUGUAAGCAAGAUCGUUGAGAUUAGUUUGGCUGAAUAAACAAGUAACAAGGUAUAUUGAAUUAUAAGAAAAAACAGAUACACAAAUUCUUAUAAACAUCCAAUCUCGCACACCAUUUAGUGUCUUUUGUUAAUUAUAUUAUUAAUACAUAAGCAAAAGUGGAAAUUCUGGGGAGGUCAUACUUUAAAUGGUUUAUUGACCUAUAAUCUGGCCUGCAUUUAAACAAAAAUGUGGAAAUUUAUCUAUCGCAGGAUUCAAGGUUAAAUAUUAAAUUUUAUGAAGUAGAAAAGGAUCUAAUUUUGUAUCUAAAUCUAUUUUUUAAUAACUUUUUUUUUAUAGAGGAUUUGGAUUGUUAAAAACUUCAAGGCUAAUUUCUUUGAGAAAUAUAUUUGCCGAUAGACUUUCUUGUAUAUAAAACAGACACAUUUAGUAGAUAAACUGUAUUGUGUUUUGUUUGUGAAUAUUGAUACAUUUAUGAUGAUAUUGUUUAAAAUUAAUUCUUAUGACCUUUCUAUUUUCUACGGUUACCUCACAUAUUAAAAAAAAUAUUUAUUGUAAAAUUGAUUCAUUUGUUUACACGAUUCAAAAUAGUAUAGAUAUGCAAAGAUAUUUCUUAAAUAAAUAACAAUGAUUGUGUUGAAUAAACAAAUAUGAAAAUUCAAUGGGUUGAUCAAAUAUUCACAACCGGUUACUAAGCAACUGCGUACAAACACAUCCCACCCUCGGUGGCAUGUUGAUUAAAAAAGACCUAGAUAAGCCAAGCACAUAAUAUCCCGUCUAUAUUUAUAGAAUUUUAUACAAUUCUUUCAUAAUUUAAGUUAUGAUCGUUAAAAAUGUCAAACAAUAGUGAUAUAGUAGGUGUGUGGCAUGUUCCGCUGAGCGACGGUGUGCAUAAAGUUGAAUUUGAACAUGGUACUGCUAGUGGAAAAAGGGUUGUCAGAGUAAACGACAAGGAGGUCUACAGAGAAGAUUGGAUGUUCAAAUUGGUGGGCGAACAAGAAUUUUCAAUUGGCGCGGUACCGUGUGUCGUGAAAAUUGAGCCAAUUUCAGGAUUUUCAUAUUGCUACUCGCUUGUUGUCGAUGGCAAACCUCUUGAGGAAUUCACUAAAAAAUGGUCGACGAUGGCUUGCACCUGGACAAUAGGAGAUCAUAGAAUUGUCUUAGAAAAAGACACAUUGGAUAUUUGGGUUGACGGGACCAAAGUUGAAGCGACAGGCGAAUUUGUAGACGGCGGGACUGAAACGCAUUUUCCCGUCGGAGAAGAUUUCGGCUGUAUUAAAUCAAUAAGCAGCUGUAACAAAAGAGAAGGGAUGAUUUACACUUUAAUAUACAAAAAUCAGAUUAUUCCUCAGGAGAAUGAAAGUUAAUAUUCAUACGGGGAAGAACCCUUGGCUUGUAUCAAAUUCACGAAGUGACGAGUACGAGUAGCUAUGCUAAAGAAUAUUACUUCUAGCAUUAUAAACAUUGUUGGUGUUGUGUUAAAUUCACCCUUACCAAAUUAAAACUGUUUGCACUAUUAGGUUUCAAACUAUCUCAACUUUCUUUAAAAAUUUAUCAAUUUAAAUUAAAUACUAAUUUUGUAGUAAUAAAACUAAAAAGUAAAAUUAAUUGAAAUCAAUUUCAUCGGUAUUUUGAAUAAAAUUGCAUGUAAUGAAUUUGCACCAAGGAAAACAAUGUCAUGUGUAAUAAUUAUCUUUGUACUGCACAAAUUUCAUUAGGCCUUGAUUGAAAAGUAUUUUUUUGUAAAAUAAAGAAGGAAAAAAGGGUGAAAUAUAAAAUGAUGUAUAAUUUUAUGUAAAUUGUGGCUGAGACGAAAAAAUUUGUGACGAGAGGUACUGAAUGCACAACCUUCAGCUUUGCCGUCUUUUUUUCUUUUCGUGUUAUACUUUACAUAAAAUCAUAAAUCACUGAAUAAUCGCUCUGGUUCAAUAAUUCUGAUUAAAACGU